AUGGCACCAUCUCAGAAGAUUCCGGUCAUCAUCGAUACCGAUCCUGGCGUGGACGAUGCUGCAGCGAUACUGCUUGCUCUGGCAUCUCCAGAGAUCCAAAUCUUGGGCUAUGUCGUGACUUUCGGGAACACAGACCAGGAGGCCUGCUACAGGAACAUCUUUAAGUUGUACCAAGCCGUCGGUCGGCACAUCGAACAGUACCCUGAGGACAAGCACCGAUUCCCCAACUUCGAUGCGUCUGCGAAGCCUUUCGUCGUGAAGGGAGCUUCGCGUCCAUGGUCCGCGGAAACGCACACGGCAGAGUACUUUCAUGGACGGGAUGGCUUGGGUGAUAUCACGCAACGGCACCCCGACCUGAAUGUAGAUGGACUUGAGACAUUGUCCGAGCACCCAUACUUGCGAGUAUCAAGAGAAAGACACGUCGCGGAGGUGAUGGGAGCCCUGCGAGCCUUUCCACCGAGAAGUAUAACCUACAUCGGCUUGGGACCCUUGACCAGCUUGCGACAUGUCCAUCACAGUCACGCCACAGAGUUCCAGGACCUCAUUGGACGUGUCAUCUGUAUGGGCGGUGCACUAGAUGUCCCAGGUAAUACCAGUGCUGUCGCGGAAUUCAACACCUUCGGUGAUCCCGAGGCACUUCGCGAUUUGAUAGAGCCACGGGGAAACGAACCUCGCCUACCAAUAGAGCGGUUCCUCCUGCUUCCUCUUGACAUCACCACUCCCCACGAACUCCCAUUCCCGCUGUACAAGAAGCUCGUCGAUCCCACGUUCCACUCGACUGAGUUCCCAUCAAAGCCGGAAGAAAAGCCCCCGGUCCACCAUUUCACCAGCUCGUUCAUGGAACGGUCAAGAGAGUUGAUGCUCCAAUUCGGGAAGGAUGCCAUGGAGCUUCACGAUCCCGUUACCGUGUGGUGUGCAAUGCAGAAUCCGCCAGUGGUAGACGAAGUCAAAGGUGGUAUUCCCCAGCUUAGGCCUGGAUGGGUUGCAAUGCGAAGGAAGUUCCAGGUAGAAUGUAAAGGGGAAUAUACCCGUGGUAUGCUUGUGGUCGAUCGAAGAGACGACCAAGGAGCCUAUGCACCGGGAGAGAACCGGGCUCACGUCCAAGCAGAGCUCGAACGGCUCAAAAUAGCCCACGGUGCGUUUGAGUCCUCUGCACUCCCAGCCAGAGUGGAGGUGGAGGAUGAGGCUCAGACGGAGAGCAUCGGCGAUGGCGACGGCGUAGCAGUACUGACCGAGACACCUGGUGCCGUUGCUCUGGUGAACCUGCUGUUCCAGAGGAUCUGGGGGGUUGAGAUACCAUGA